CCCUUCUUUCCCCUUCUCCUCCGCGCCCGGGCGCCAGGGAAGCAGCCGGCCGCUCUGCGCCUCGCGGGUGCGAUGGGCCGCAGCAACAACCAACUCCGGCGCUCCGCGAAGUCGCAGGGGCGCGUCUUCGCGCCGAAGAAGCGGAAAAGCAAAUUGUACAACCAGGCGCGGGCAAUGAGGCUCCGCGCGGAGCGGUCGCAGCCGCGGAAGCUCGCCUACAGGAACGUCAUCUCGAAGAAGGGCGGCGUUGUGCGGCGCAGGUUCCGCUCCGGCGGCUACAACAGCAGCGGGAGGUUCGGGAAGGCGAAGGGGGCGAAGGGGAAUGCCAGGCGGCCGAAGUGA